AUGGAAUUUUCAGGCGCCCAUCUAUCAGCAGACUCCGCUGAAAUCCACCACACCUUCCCUUCCCUGGAGAGCGAGGGCGGGAGGGACAGCUCCAACGGCCUGCCCUUCAUUUUCUUGCCGGACAAACCUGAUCUGCAUGCUGGGGAACGACAACCACCAUCUUCUGCGGAUUCAUCUUCAAUGCAAAUGGCUAUGAGCAGCCAAAUCCAGGACAUAAAGGAAGAGAAUGAAAGGUUAAGGUGCAUGCUGUCUAAUUAUCUCCCGCCAACAAUUCAUCCGUAUCAUUUGAUGGAGGAUAUUACGGCCUCAAAAUAUAUGUCAGUGCCUAGAAUGGCACUGGACCAACGUAGGAUACUGGUGCCUCCUUCCAAACGAGGAAAGGUCUCCAUCGGAACGAGAACCGCUCUGCCGACGAUAGAUGAUGGAUGCCAAUGGAGGAAGUACGGUCAAAAAGUUGCCAAAGGAAAUCCACACCCCAAAUCUUAUUAUAGAUGCUCCAUGGCUCUUGGCUGCCCAGCUAAGAAACAGGUGCAGAGAUCAGUUGAAGACAGUUCAAUGCUAGUGACUACAUAUGAAGAUUGCCAUGACCAUCAGCUUCCUUGUUCUUUGCUUGUAGCUCCAACUGAAACGUCAUCAAUGGCCUUUUUGUCACCAACGUUCCGAUCAGUUAUUCCACUUCCUAGUAUUUACUCUGGAAUGGGCUUCCCAUCUUCAGUACAACAUGCACCGAUAGAUUCAAUCCAACCUUUCCAGCAAGACCUUGCAAAGGACACCCAUAUACUGUGGAUUCCAGUAACUGCUGAAUCAGAUGUUUCCACAACUGCCAGCUCCAAGCAAUGA